UACAAGACUCGCCAGUAACAGAAUUAACAACGGCAGCAACGGAUCACACACCCAAGCCAGGUCUCCAGCCAUCACAUACAUGCCCCAGGCCAGGGAACAGCAAAGAUAUUCCCGUGUGUUCUGAGGUGCAUUCUAAUGGAGGCGAUGCAGUGACACCAGUUGAUGGUGAGACAACACAGCCAACAGAUGAGUCACCCCUUCCAAUCUUAAACUGUCCUGAUGAAACAGGGGGUUCAUAUCCAGAAUUUCUGUCUGAAACUAAUGCGAGCGACAGCAAAGAGAUAACAGAACCUCACGUUGGGGAUUUAUCAAGUUUGAAAUCUGGAGAUAAAAUUAUGGAUUGCUAUAGCAGUACAGACUCAGUGCAAGAACCACUCAGAGCUAUAAAUAAAGAUCUAGGUGAACCCCAAAAGGACACAGUCACCCAAGAUGAGCUUGAUAAAGGAGAUGAAAGUGCGGCAAAGUUAGUUGCGAAUCCCACUUCUCCAAGGGAGAAAAUAUGUUCAGGUUCCGAUGAACAUAAAUCUCAAAUUUGUGGUGAACAAGAUACCGGUAAUGAAUCGGUGGACAGGGGUCAGCCGGAAACCUCAGUGAGCCAGAACCAGCCAUCAACGAGCCACAGUCGGGAUACGCCAAAUAAAAACACUGAGAAACCUGCAAAAUUCAAAUGUCCCAAGUGUUUGUGUGUGAUGAAGGACAGGCGGCUUAUAGACAACCAUUCCUGUGACAGUGAAACAGAUGAGGAGAAAGUAAAAAUCACGAUAAUGCUAGACAAGGACACAAAGUCGUUCCUGUGUCAAGAAUGCGACUUCUCCAGCGCUGGGCACGGCUUCGAGGAGCACCUUAUGUGCCACCUCAUGGUACGCCCCUACCAGUGCCUCUACUGCAAGGAGUGCUUCAUUAACCGCAAGGAGAUCAGCCGACACGUUCACAAGUCGCACAAUGGUGCCAAAAUGAGCUGUGCCCUGCGGGCUCUUAGGAAAGCCAAAGCUUUAAUCAAAGAAGUGACCUUGGCAGGGGUCCUUAGCUUCAUGGCCAAGGUUGCAGGGAAGGUGCCUCUAGAAAAAGAUCCAGAGAGGAAGAAAAAGAUAGACAAUGUUCCCAAUGCUGACUCUAAAGAUAGAGCAGUGGAUAGUGCCAGUGACCCAGCUGUGGAUAUAAAUGGAAGUAACAUUCCUGAUAAGUCAUCCUUGUAUAAUGAUGGGAAUGUAUCCGUGGAUGGUUCAGGGGAUAAAACUGUGCCCAGUGCUAGUGUGGGAGAUGGCUUGGCAGAUGAUGUGUCAGAUAGUGUUGUGGGCAGUCCUAUGAACUCAGCCAGAGCUGAAACAGUACAGAAACAACAAUCCCAAGGAUUCUCAAAACUCAGGCAGGUUCUUACCUCUGGGGUCUCUGAACUCGCCAUCCAGUCCAGCCCUAAAGGGAAGGAUGGUUCAAAUAAAUUAGACUCUGUGGAUGACUCUGGUUUAAAGAUUGUUGCCUCCUACUCCCUUCAGGAUUCCGACGGCAUGGACACUGACAAGGUGCACUGCAGCUCACCUAGAGUUGACAUGGAGCCUAAUUUUAUUAUAGAAUCCUCCAAUGAGGAGAAAGAGCCAGAGCUGCUGUCAUUUCUCGGACCAGAGCAGCCAAUGUACAAAGCUGAACCAACCUGCCCUGGUCUCAUGCUGCCACCCCCUCCAUUACACCCAGCGCCGUCCCAUCUCAACAAUUCAAAUUCGUCAUCGCCCACCAGUCAGGUGGCAAAACAGCAGGUGAAAGACUCAAACUUCUUUAUUUGUGGCCUGAACUGCUUGUUCAGCUGCCUGAGCACUGCAGAGUUCAAGGAGCAUACCAUGAACUUCCACUCAUCAGAGACCUACUUCCCUUGCUACUACUGUGGCCACCGGAGCCCUAAUGAAAACGACCUCGUCAGACACAUAUCCAACCACACGCAUACGCACAACAAGUCCUCCCCGUUGUACGUCUGUGGCAAUGACGGAUGCAGAUUCGGCACCAAUAUGCUCACCGAUUACAUCAACCAUAUAAAGCUGACCCACCCGGAGAUCUUGGAGCCACUGUGCUAUGCGUGUGGUGUUGUCUUUACAGACUUACUCAUGCUUCAGAACCACGUUGAAGACAACGUCAUCCACAGCAUAAACUGCCCACACUGUCCAUCAAAGGCCACAGACCGAAGGGUUAUUUUAAAUCACAUCACGUCGGCUCAUCCUGGAAAGCCCAAAAUGGUGUCAGUUGCCAAGCAGCUCAUUUGCAAUGACCGAAAGGUAAAUGGGUAUGAGCAGAUGAAACACCUACAAGAAAUGCAGCCUCCGACCUUGACCCCAGCACCAGGUUUUGCCGGGGAUGGAUGCUCCUCUGUUGUUGAUCAGAUUCUCAGUCGACACGAGACAACAAAAACCGCAAGUGGAACUUGUUUGUCUGAGAUUCUAAGUGCUGGGCCGAGCUCACGUGAUACGCCAUCACCUUCUUCAAGGAUGGCAACUCCGCCCUCUACCAGAAAGAAAUCUGGAACUCCUGAGAGUGGGAAGAGUCCAAAUUCCGAUGGGUCCGAUUUGUGUUCAUUAAGGGUCAAAGAUGAGAUUGAUGAUGAUGUGGAGGAUGAGCUUGAAGGCUCGGGAGCUACAGAUGAAGCCACGACUGUUUAUUCCAUUGACGAGAACGGGAUUCGGAGGAGGAUUUAUGUCCCCAUGAGUGAGCGCCAGGCUGAAAAUUACAAGUGUCGAUAUUGUACUUUCAUUGCAAGGGAUCUCAAACGCCUUAAUUGUCAUGAGAGGUCACAUGGAAUGCCUCCAACAAGAAAGGAACGAUUUAAGUGCAUGUUCUGCCCUCAAGGGUUUGACAGUGAAAUGAAGUUCAGGCUGCACAUCACUUGCCAUCCUGGGCUCAUCAAAUUUCUGCUAUACAGGUGCAAGAAAUGUGAGUUCGACACCAACCAGAAACACACAAUCGUCAAGCACAUAACCUGUAAUAGAGAUCGUAAACAUAGGGGCUUUGGGCCAGUGGAGGAUCAGUACUCUGUUGUGUCCAGGUCAUUAGAGUCCAGAGUACUGGAGUGUGAAAGAUGUGACUACAUGACCAGGCAUAAAAUCCACAUGGCCAUACACUACCAGCGAAAGCACAACAUUCUCAGGGAUAAAGGAGAAUUCACAAUAGAAAGCCUCACACCCACAGAUACGCCCUUGUCCUCCUAUGACCUUUCACCUCGAGACUCCGGCUCUUCCCCUUCAUUUCAUCCCAGCCUCCAGUCUCCAGACAACAGUUCUUGUGAUGGCAUGUUUGACUUUACAAAGCCGUCAGGCAGUGCCAAAAAAGCUAAAGAAAAGGCCACUGUGGACAUGCCCCACUUGACCCCUACACAAAUAAAUGAAAGGAAUGAACUGUUCAAUAAAAUGGUGUCCCAGCAGGCGGCCCUCCAACCAGGUCAGGUUCUUGAAAAUCAGAUGAGAAAAUUCAAAUGUCCUAUUUGUAAAUAUCUCCUUCCGAAGGCAGCUGAUCUGAAGAAUCAUGUGAAAAGACAUUCUGAAAUAGGUCAAAUUACUCUGACCAUGUUCAGGUGCAAGUACUGCAGCUGUAUGUCCACUGCACGGGAGCUGCUCUAUGAUCAUCUCAGUGAAAAACACCCAGGCAAGCCAAUUGCCCUAGUCAAGAAAAUUGUUGCCAUCGACACAACUGAAGUGGAUAGGUCAUUUGCCGAGACCUCCAUGGAGGAGUCUUUGGACCUGUUGGAGGAAUCCCUCCACAAGGAGAUCAUGACCUGUUUGAAGAAGCCUGGCUCCUCUCCCUCUAAACCUCAGAAAUCUUCAGCCGUGUUUGAGCAGCUUUUUGUGAUACCAGAAGGUGGAGAGACCUUCAGUGCUGCCCUCCAGUGCCCGAAAUGUUCUUACAGCUCCCACAACAAAACUGAAAUAGUUCAGCACGUGAACUCCUUCCAUUCUGAGGUCAAGGUCAUUAGCAGUGAUGAGGAUGUUGACAAGUUGGCCAGGGCCACCUCAGAGGACCUCAGGCAUGCCAAGGUUGUCACCAGUUCACAAAGCCCAACAAAACAUUCACUCACAAGCCAAGAGGAAGUUUUGAUCGUCCCAGAUGAACAGGUUUUCAAAGAAGCAUCGCUGUGCUCAAGGUGUGACUUUUCCACAAUGUUGAGGCGUGACAUGGUAAUCCACUUACAGCAGUGCCAUCCUGACAUAUCUGUCAUGGGACGCAACUCCUAUCCUGUUCAGGUGUCGACUAUGGGCCGCAAAAUUGGAUUAAUGGAAGAAAGUUGUGUUGUAGGCAGUGGUAGCCUUGAUGCGAAAAUUCGAUGUUUGUAUGAAAACUAUGGCACCCAGAUGAAGUGUUUGAUCUGUGGCACGGAGCGGCCAAAAAAGUUUUUUAUACAUGUUCAUAUUUUGCGUCAUCUAAACAUUUAUCUGUGGAAAUGUGCAUUUUGUGCCCACAGGGGUCUUCAGAAAUACAAGAUGGUGGACCACAUUAAAAAGAUCCAUCCUGGCAAAGCCAUGAGUGUUAGGUACAUUAGGGUUAAUGUUGAAACCAAAGUGGCUCAGUUCCUGCAGCAGUUCAAUGUGAUAAAAAAUCGUAAGGCAAAUUUGGACGAAGGCAGGGAUGUGCCCUAUGCGUCCCCGUCGUAUGAAGAUUCCAUGGACCAGACCAGCAACGACAGUGUAAGGUCACGUCAAAAAUCUCCCGGGCCUGGAGGAACGAGUGGAUCUUCCACUAAUUCACUUGGCAGUGAGGAACUGGAUGAUAAGAUCAGAUUCCUGUAUGACUACAGUGAUGGAGUGUUCUACAAGUGCAUCGCCUGCUCCAAUCAGUUCCAGCGCAAGUUUGCAGUGCAUCGCCACAUCAUAAUUUCUCAUCUGAAGGUGGGUCAGUUGGUGGGAAGUUGGGUGGGAAGAUGGGUGGGUCGCUCAGUAUUUUUGUGUGUCUGUAAUCACUGAAUGUGAAUGCAGUUUAAUUUGUUCUCUUCCAGUGGCCGUGUCAAUAACAUUUUGAAAGAUUAUGAGACUUGGAUGCCAAAAUGUAAAAAUAUAUAUACGGUAGUUGAAAAGCUAUUGCUGCUAUUCCAUAUAGUGAAUGAAGUUCAAUGGGUUUGUGAUAGGAUACACAAACUAAAUUUAGUUAUAUUAAUUUUUCAAUAAAUUUUAUGAAAUACAGUGGUCCCUUGUCUGAACAAGGUUCUAGAACCCCCUGCUAUAGGUGAAAAUCCACAAAGUAGCGACCUUAUAUUUUAAUUAAUUAUUUAUAUAUAUUUUAAGGCUUUAUAAACCCUCUAUACACUCUUAUAAAUUCUCCCCACACUAUUAUGAACCACCCCACACUGUUAAAAACACUAACUUUGCUCUUUAUUUCUAAAACCUACAUAAUUUUAACAACAUAUAAAAACUAUAUGGGUACUCACCAUUAAAUAUAUUAGAUAUAGUACAAGUAAAAAAAUUUGGGAUACUGUAAAAAAAAUUUGUCUUUAAAACAUUACCUGUCAGUUUAUAAAUACUAUAAUGUAAGUUAAUUUACCAAAAUGCAAGAAGUCAUAUAUCUCUAGUUAUACAGUGACAUACAUCCAAUACCCUAACUUGACUUUUAUUAAAGGUGGCCCUCCUGGCAUGUGGCUAUUGUGGACUGGAAGGUGUGGAGAAACAUCAGCUUGUUGACCACAUCCUGGCUUGCCACAAAUCUUCACCUGUAAACAUACAAACACUGGCUGUGGACCUCAGUCAGAAGGUGUCAGAUUUCCUGGCCAAAGUAGCAGCUGGUGAACUACACAGUAAGUGUGUGUCUUGUACUAAACUCAAGAAAAGGACAUUAUGUACACAAUACAAAACAAAAGUUACCAUUCGGUUUCCAGCACGGUGUUGUAUAUUAAAAUAUCAGCCUUAAAGUGAACACCUUGAUCCAGCCAAAGACAUUGCUUGAAAAACUUCCAUACAUAGUUCAGGAACCUACAGAUGAUGGGGAUAGAAUAUUUUACUACAGAUUCUGGUACUAAAUUGAUUGUAAUAAAAUUAAAUAACCAAAUGUUUUAUAGACUAAAAUAAAAUGUUGUUGAGGCAUAGUUUGUUAUUUUGAUCAACAACAAUUUUUUAUGUUUCUAAAAAUUAGUCAAACCUGACUAUACACAUGUUAAAAAUUUGAUCUGGUUGACAAAAUAAAUUAAAAUAUAGUGAAUUGAAUUUAAGAUUGUCUUCUCUUGUUUCCAGGCGCCUCAGGGGAUGCCGACCAAUCGGAGAUCAACGCAAUCAUGCGAGGCUUGUCCUCCACUGACAGCAUCACCAGCUAUGUGGGUAACAGCUUCAAGCAUGUCUUCAAAACUCAGGCAGGGAGUAAAAAAAAGAAACUUCUUGCUAACAAGCUGGCAAAAUACAAAGGACCCUCCUUCAAAUUAGGAAAUAAACUACCACCGGGGGUCACUGUUAAAAAACAUAAUUCAGUUGACCCAGAUGUUUUGAUGCUAGGUCGCGAUGCUCUUGACAGAGAACUCGGGUCGCUGUAUCAGCUCAAGCCAACCGGUCAGUUCAGGUGUCUGAUAUGUCGGUGGGAGUUUCCUAGGAAGUACCCCCUCCACCGUCACAUCAUGCUCAAGCAUCUUAAGAUGAACCUUGUUGGUUGCCCCUACUGCCCCUUUGAAGGUGUUGAGAAAUACAAUGUCUCCGCCCACAUCAAGGAGGAGCACGGCGGCCAGCCAAUCAACAUCAAGUAUUCCCAGCCAGAUGUCGGGGGAAGGGUGCGGAAGUUUGUAAACGACUUGGCGAACCUGGGGGGAAAUGUCAAUGAUCUGAUCAGAAAGCCGAAUUCAAGGGACGGUUCCCCACUUGUUAUUCCCAAGACCGAGAGGCAAGAUGAUGAGGAAGAUGACGACGACCGUGAUGAGAUGAAAGGAACAGCUGGCAGCUCACAAAAAGGACUGGUCGUUGCCAUGUUUGGCAAGAAGAAGAAACCAGCAGCCGAUGAAGAGUUUGUUGUCAAGACUGAAAUAGAUGAGGAGCAGUGUGAAGAGGGCAAAAUUGAGGAAUUUGAUGAUUUCAUUGGAAAUCAUGAAGAUGAUUACAAUGAAGAUGAUUACAAUGAGGAUGAUGAUCCCGGCGCAGAUAAAAGCAAUUACGAUCCUUCUGAUGAAUCUGCGCAGUCAUUUUCAACAUUGAGGCGGCCUCUUAAAGAAUCUUAUGCGCCUGGAGCCUAUCGUUCUCCAGCGGGGGGCAAGCCAAAAGCCUUGGAUGUUAUCACAAAAAUAAAGGUUCUCAAAGCCAGAGAAGGGCCCAUUACAAAAUUCUAUUGCGAACAGUGCAAGUUCACAUCUCUACAUCGCUCCAAUAUUGUGAGACACAUUUACAAAAUUCAUGAGAAAUACCAGACGCACACUUGCCCUGUGUGCAAUUAUCAAACACUGAGUCUCAUGCUGAUGCAGAAACACGUUGACAAAGAACACCCAGGUGUGGCUUACAAGGAAGACGCCUUCACUUUAAAUCCACCACGCUCGAAACCCAGGAAAAUCAAACCGCUCAUGGGGCCACUGAGCUUCCAGCGAAAUCGGCAGAAACUUAUCAGUAAAAAAUUGGCAUCUGCGAAACCCAUGAAUGUCAGCACUUCUAGUCAAGGGCCCAAGCAGUAUGCAUGUGCUUACUGUCAUUAUGAGACAAACACACAGGAAGACAUUCUCCAGCACACCAGAGAGAACCACUCACAAAGGGAUGAAAGCAGCUCCCCUGCAAAAAACACACAGCAGGCUGGUACCAAACCUGAUGAUCACUCCUCGGCAUGCUGGGACGGCAGUAAAAAAGCAGUGAAAAGAAAAAUAAAGGGGGAUGUUGAUGACAAUGGAGGGGUUGUGAAACGGAGAAAGCGGUUCGUGUUUGAAAAAGGGGAUGAGCUCAUCCAGUGCGGAUACUGUGACUCCCGUGAGACAUCGAUGAGUCGAAUACAAGAUCACAUGACCUGGGACCACCCUGGAUUACCAUUUGAGGCCAAGCGGAUACCAGCUUGGCGCUUCAUCUGCAAGUCCUGUUCUGUGAAGACGAUGGCCACGUCAAAGAUGAAAUAUCACCUUAACCGUCAUGUUAAUUACAGGCCAUUCACUUGCACCAACUGUGGUGCAUUUUUCCCUUCCCCUGAUCAAUGUCGGAGACACUCAAGAUCACAAGGUAAGCUUAAAACAUGAUCAAAUUUAAAUAAGCAUAGUAUCAUAACUUAUUUGUGAUACUUUGUAGUGUAGUUGAGCUGUUCAGUUCAUCCCAUGUAAGACGAUCUUGUGUUCUCCAAAGGUCAUGAGGAACAGUACAUGUACGUUCGAAAUGUGAAGAAAGAAAAUAAAGUGGAGGAGUUGUUGGAGGGGACCCGACAGCUGGCUCUGAAAAUCCAGGAAGAGGCUGCCAAGGAUGCUGACUUCAAUAUCGGCCAAACAGACUCGUUUAUUGCCAAGUUUCAGGACACCAGCAUCAACUUGAAGAGGAGUGCUCCAACGGGAAGCAAGAAUGCCAAGAAGUCCAGGAGCCACAGUUUUGCUGAGGAUGGAGGAACUGGAGUGGAAGGAAGUCCUGUGAAGAAACAAGUGAGAAAAACAUUUCUUCUGUAUUUAUUUGUAUAUAAGAAUCGCUGAGAAUCUAAAGCAAUUUUUUGGGAUCGUUGGGAUUCGGGCUAUAAUGAAAAUAAAAUUAUCCUGUUCAGGCCAUCUGUUUAACCAUGCUUCUUUUCUGUUUGUUGACUUACGUUUUCACUAAGUUUAGUAACAUGGAUAUUAUUGGCGGUUUGUUGAGCGGUCUCUGUUUUGAUGGCGUAUCUGCUCCCUCAAAUUAAGUUUAUGUAUCUUAUAGUUAAUUUUAAAUUUUUAGUAAAGCAUAUCAAAAUGAAGUGUUUAUAUUACAGCAUGGCAAAUCCCCUCAGACUGUUGGCAUAGAAAUGGAUGUCACUGUCAAGUGUUACAGAUGUGACUUCACUGCGAGCAAUGUGAAUGAUGUGAAAACCCAUCAUAACGAGGCUCACGACGGGGAGAGAUUUCUCUGGACCGAGCUCGAUCGAGGCUUCACAUGCGAUGGCUCAGGGGAGGCUCUUCCAGAUUGUGACUCUGUUCCUAGCUCUUCUCUGGAUGUUGGAUACACAACAAGGAUGACCUUGGGAUCAGGAAACAGUCCUAUGAGGUACGUCAUCAAUGUACUGUCUUCAUUUCAUUUCUCCCACUGUUAAAAUCCUUAGACACAUUGAGGAACUGGCAUUCUCAACAGAUAUUCUCUAGCUUGGACAUAAAAUACAUGAACUCCCUAUAAUACGUAAAUGAAUUGGGGAUGACCCGAAAUUUGUGUGAUGUACUUGACAUUGCUACUAGGAAACUACACACAUUUAUUUGUGGGCUUGUUUUAAAAAUUCUACACAUGCUCAUCAUAUUGCAGUGGGUCUGUUUAAAUUAAGUGUAUAACUCUCAUCAUGGGCUUCUGCUUGACAUUGUCAAUUUUAAUUUUACUCUCAUGGAUAAAAAUAGUUCAAACACUGUUAAAAUUACUGAUCCAUUUUGAUAAAGAACUCGUAAUUACUAACAGAUGAUAGAUGCUUGUUUCGGUAGCUACCUGCCAGCUGAUUGCAGGCAUUACAACUUCAACUUUAUCUUUAACAGGUUCAAAUGUAAGACCUGCGACUUUUCCUCUUGUGUCAUUCAAGCCAUGAAGUCUCACCUGAAAUCUCAUCAACCCAAAGGAUUUAUCUGCCCUUAUUGUAGUCGUUCAUUCUCAGGAAAGUAAGUUUUUUUUUGUUUUUGUUGCCUUUUGCUUUAUAGAUAUCCUUCCAGAAAAUUAAGAACAUAAUAAUGUCCCUGUAACAUUUUUAACACAAUUUAUAUAAAUAAAGUUCUCAAUUGUUGACAAAUAUUGACACCACACCACACACCCACACCCCCCCCCCAGUAUGUACCCAACAGUUAUCCGUACUCUUUCAAUUAUAUUUUUUUCAUGAUGUAAAAUUUAAAAAAAAUUUUUUUUUUUGUUUCAACUUUAGAAUGGAAAAGAUCAUUAAGACUUUAAAGAAAGUCAUUCCCAUAGGUUAUCUUAAUUGUGACAUUUUAAAUUGGAAAUCGAACAAAUUUAAUUGCCAAAUUUGUAUGUUAUUUAAAAAUGAUUUAUUUAAUACUGGUGAUCUAAACAUCUUGUUUAUAUCAGUUAUAUCUGACUGUAUGUUCUUACAUUCCUCAGGGAAAAACUUAUGCGCCAUCAGUACUGUUUACACAAAGGGCAGCCACUCUGGGUGAUUCACCUCAGGAGGUCAGGAGUUGUUGGUUCCACCAACACCACAAAGGGAAAGGCCAACAAGAUAGUGAAAAUUGAGGAAGACAUAAAGCCAUUUGGCCUAGAUGCCCUUCUAUUAGAUACUCAUCUUGCAAGCCAAGAAAACUGUAAGUCAUGGUAGAAUUUAUCUCUGCACUCAACAUUAGGAAAAAAAUAAAUGAUUAAAGUAAGGCAGUGUAUUAGGAAGAACUGGGAAAUAAGAGUCAUCUUGGCCCAGUGUAAAACAAUAAAAAGAGUGUUUAUACCAUAUAUCAUACGUGUUUGUUCGGACGGAGGUAAUAGGAAUUUUCAUUCACCAGUCUGAAUUAAGAGGGAAAAUAUAGUUUACAUUGGUAAACAGUUUUUUAAAAUCCUUUUUUUAAUUCUUGAUCUAAGUAAUUUGUGGAAUGUAAUUAAUUGUAAAAAAAAUUAAAUAAAAUUUCUUCAUUUAAUAAAAAAAAAUUAUAAUAAUGAAAUGGUUGUAGUUGUAGGAUAUCUCUAACCUUAUAUUUUUUUUGCCUUUCAUUUUUGUUCCAGUAGCUGUGGGAAAUAACAGCCAAGUCAUCACGUACUUGUGCAGUGAAUGCACUUAUGCCUCGGAAAGCCUGUACCAUUUCCGACUUCACAUAGCCCAGCAACACGAACAGUUCCAGUACAAGAUGCGCGACACCUCUGCCAAUUCACCCUUGAAAUGUGAGCUCUGCUCUUUCCUUGCUGAGACUGAAGCGGAACACCAUUCUCACAUGGAAGGACACUCCCACACCAAAUACCUGCAGUGUGGCUAUUGUGAGUUUUGUGCCGAUGAUGACAAAACUAUUCACCAGCAUCUUUCAUCAAAACAUGGCAGCCUAGAAGCUAAGAUUAUAGAACUAGGGACAGAACCCCAAAGUAUGAGACAAAACUUUAAAGGAAAUGAGAAAAGAGCCCUACCACUCUUGGUGAAUUUAUCUCCUCAGGUUCUAUUGUAUAAAGUUCCAGAAGCGGUCUUGAGUCAGUAUGGAUGCCUGGGUGCAAGGCAAACUUCCGAGGAUGAAGCGGAAGAUGAUUUUGCGCUGGUGGCUGAGCUAGAAGCAGAGGAUGAGUUAUUUCAAGAAGGCACACAUGGUGAGGAUGUUGAAGAGGAGGAUGAAGAAAGAUUGAUGGUUGUUGAAGGGAUAUCAGAGGAUAUGGUCGAGAGUGACCUCAGGAGUUCUGAUGGAAGUAACUUGUGUGGAGAAACAGAAGAUAUUAGCCUUGACAUGAUCAGCAAUGCAGAUAAUUCUGACUCAGAAAUGAACCCUGAAACUUAUUCUGAAAAUCUCGAAAUGCAUUUGGGGCUAGCUGACAAAGGACAAUCGUCAUCGCUUGAGUCAGAUUCAGACAUGAUGAUCAUGCAGUUUGGUGGCAUCAAUGCGGACAACACUUCAAGCAGGAAUAAGGAUCUCCCAGAGACAACAGGGGAAACCACUAUGGACGUAACUGAAAAAAUUUCAAUAUCGCGCAGUAAGGAUUCUACCCUCCUGUCUGCGCAGCAAAACACUGAAGAUAUUUACCAUCAUGCUAGCGGGGAUGAUGACGAUGAUGAUGAGGAUGAUGAUCUUGAGGAGGUAAAUUUUGAGAAUGAUAUCACAUUGGCUUCUCCAUUACCGAUGAUCUCCCUUGGAGAUGGAGUUGCCAUGGAUGAUGACGAUGACAGGAGUAAUUCAUCCCUAGAAAAUUCCAGCUCUGAGUUGUUGCUGGAUGUCUAAAGGAGGCUAUAAAUUAUUUAAAUUUCUUGUACAUCUUUGUGUCCUUCCCAUGAAAUACACGCCAUUUUAUUUAAGGUUCAAGGGAUCAUAAUUUAUUUUAUUUAAUUCCUCAAUGGCCCUCAGUCCGAAAUUGUAAAAGAAUUAUUAGAAUAUGAUUUUUUUAAUUUAUUGAACUUCAAUAUCCAUUAUUAUGUUUUGUUUCUUAUUGCUUAUUCAUAUUUUUUUUUUCAUCUUCAUUUCCAUUUAACUUAAAAUUGGCCAUUGGAUCUUAACAUUUUUUAGGCUUUUCCCCUUUAGAUAUUUUCUCUUAGCUCCAAGAAAUUUUCCUGUCCUCAACGACACCCCAUUUGCGUGCAAUCAGAAAUGCAUGUUGAAAUCAAAUUAAAAAUUACAACGUUAAGGGUCAUUUUAUGUUUGUUAUAAUAAGCUGUAGAUAAAAACUUUUUAAUGUAACAUUUGUUAUAAAUAUAAUGCAUAUAUAAGUAUUAAAAUGUGAUCACAUUGCUGUAAAUAAAUAAAUUGGUCUCAUUGCUCUAACCUGAGCUUUGUGGAGACAUUUG